GGAGUACGGAGAUUUUGUUUUUCUUUUUACGAUUUUUAAUUUCUUUCGGCUCGUAGAAAAACAUUAAUACAACUACUACUCGCACUAAUCAAUCAUCAGACAUCUCCACAACUGUUUUCUACAUCUUGUUGAACUGAAUUUACCUUGUAGGGUUUGAGCAUUGUCUCGCAGAAAAAUCUGCUGAAGAACACUCCUCUUCCCAGGAUUUUCUAAUUGAGGAAACCCUAAACUUGGAGAUGAGGAAUUGGGUAAAAUUCUUGAAUUGAGACUUUUCUAGGACCUUUACUCACGGAUUUGUAGAUUAAGGACAUGGAUAGAUCAAGAUCGAAGAGGUAUUACUACGACCAAGACUAUGAUUCUGAUAACCUGCCCAGGACUAAACAGAGAUAUAACCCACAUAUCAACCACCAUUAUGCGCCGCAGUCCAACCACCACCGCCGGUUUGCUUCUGGUGGGCCUGGUCCCGGCGGCGGCGGCGGCGGUAGGAAAAUGCAAGACCCUUCGCUAACAGUGACCACCACUUAUAGGAUCUUGUGUCACGAUGUGAAGGCCGGCGGCGUGAUUGGCAAGUCCGGCAGCAUUAUUAAGUCUAUUAGGCAGCACACUGGGGCUUGGAUCAACGUGCAUGAGUUGGUUCAGGGGGAUGAGGAGCGGAUCAUAGAGAUUUCUGACACUCGGAGGCGGGACCCGGAUGGCCGAAUGCCGUCUUUCUCUCCUGCCCAGGAGGCAUUGCUAUUGAUACAUGAAAGGAUUCUGGAGAGUGAUGAGGAGUUUGGUGCUGGCGGGGAGGCCGUGGAUGAGUAUGGAGUGAGGGGAGGCGGUGGAGGUGUUGCUAACAGGGUGGUCACUAGGCUAGUUGUUUCUAGGAUACAUGUGGGAAGUUUACUUGGGAAAGGAGGAAAGAUUAUUGAGCAAAUGAGGAAUGAGACUAUGACCCAUAUUAGGAUUUUGCCCAGAGACAACAAUUUACCCCGCUGUGUAGCCAUGUCUGAGGAGAUUGUUCAGGUCACGGGUGAAUCGAAUAAUGUAAAACAUGCACUAGGAAUAAUUUCCUCACGCUUGAGGGAGAGCCAACACCGCGAUCGCAGUCAUUUUCAUGGAAGGUCUCAUUCACCUGAAGGCUUCUUUCCCCCGAAUGAUGAUUUUACCUCUCCCGUGAAUGAUUUUGGACGCAGAGCAUCUAUUGAUGAGCCAAGAUUUUCUGGGAGUUUCAACAAUUCCAGGGGCUAUAAUAGUAAGUCCCCUCGCCCCAUCGAAUUAGGUGGUGCUCCUUUCACCGACAACAAUGUGCAACCCAUUGCUGUUGAUGUUCUUGUGUUUAGAAUUCUUUGUCCAGUUGAUAAGAUUGAUACCGUCAUUGGGGAGUCCAGUGGGAUUAUAGACUUGCUUCAGAAUGAUAUGGGUGUGGAUGUUGAGAUCACUGACACUGUUCUUGGCUCAAAUGAAAAGAUUAUUACCAUAUCAUCUGAUGAGGGACCCGAUGACGAGCUCUUUCCUGCUCAAGAAGCUCUCUUGCAUAUACAAACAGCCAUUGUUGAUCUUUUUCCAGAAAAGGAAAACAUAGUCACAACUCGGUUAGUUGUGCAAUCAGAUGAAGUCGGAUGCUUAAGAGGCAAGGAUGGUGUAGCAUCUGAGAUCCAGAGUCUGAGCGGUGCAGCUGUGCAGAUUCUUCCCAAGGAAGAAUUUCCAUCCCGUUUAUCAAAAACUGAUGUGAUUGUACAGAUUGUUGGUGAGAUUAAAGCUGCUAGACUUGCACUUAUUGAGGCUACUGCCAGGCUAAGGAGUUACGUAUAUCGAGAGCUCUUCCUGAAAGAGACACGUCCUGUAGGGAAAGUUAAUGGAACUGAGAUCUGUUUGUCUCAAGAAAGUAAUGAUUUAACUGAUCAUCCUCCUGCCAUUCAAAAUGGUUCAAGAAUACCAACAUCCAAUCCACUGAAGGAAAUUGAGGUCCACGUCAGCGAGCCAUCAAAGCGAAAUGAUGGUGAACGCCUUAGAGAUAUGCCAAGUGGAUUGAAUAGAAUACAUGUGCCAUUAGUCACUAGAAGUACAUUGGAAGUAGUCAUUCCACCACAUGCGGCUCCAAAACUAAUAACCAAAUCUAGAAACAAGCUUUCUCAGAUCAGUGAGCUAUCAGGAGCUACUGUCAAAUUGAUUGAAGAUAGACCGGAAGUAACAGAAAAGACAAUCCAAAUAUCGGGUACACCAGAUCAAGCUGAAAGGGCUCAGAGCUUGCUUCAAGGAUUUAUUUUGAGCACGCAAGAAGAUGGGCCCUGAACAGACUUGGACAAAUUUUGAUUGGUCAGGUAUAGCUACUGAACUUUCUGUGUUAUAUUAUAUAUACUAGGGUGUGUUAGACCAUAACAAGGCUUGAUAUGUAUGUGCAAGGUUAAAAAAACAAAUGUCAGCUCUUUGUUAAAUGUAAUUUAUAAUGUUUUUGCUCUUGAAUGUUGUUUGCUUGUAAAUUAUACACAAGUUCCUGUGUUGCUUAAGAUUGUCGUUAAAUCCAGA